AUGAGCGGUUUUUGCGGCGUGACUGGCGGCGAGAGGCGCAUGAGCUACGCGGCGCGGGGUUACCAGAGCGCAGCGGCGAUGGCGGUGGUGGAGGAGGCUCGCGAGGAGGCGAUGAACGAGGAACGGUGGAGAACGGUGGAGGAGAAAACGGUUCUAUCGUGUACCACGUUCAACGUCCUUGCGCCAAUUUACAAGAGAAUGGGUGUCGAGAGCGAGAGGGAGAGCGCGUGUCAGCAUGUAUGGCGGGAGCGCAAUCAGGAGAUCAUUAGCACGUUGCUCGACACCAAGUCGUCCAUCCUGUGCUUGCAGGAAUGUUGGCUGGCCAAUCCGGAGUGGGUCGACAUGUACGACACAGCGUUACAGGGUGCUGGUUACCAGCUUCUCAAGCUGCCUCGCACAAACGCCAGGGGAGAUGGCCUCAUGAUGGCAGUGAGAGCGUCUGAGUGGGAGGUGGUAGACCACCAUCCGCUGUGCUUCAACGACUGUGGCGACCGGGUGGCACAAAUUGUUCGACUCCGGGCGAGGCGAGGAGGAAGCAUGAAGGGAGGAGAGGAGGAGGAGGAGAGAAGGGGGGAAGGGGAGGAGGUGGUGGUGGCGAACACGCACUUGCUCUUCCCACACAACGCCAACUCCAGCAUUGUGCGCCUGUGCCAGGUAUACAAGCUCCUGGAGCGCAUCGAUGGGUACAGAGAGGAGAACCACGCCGGUGCGCUUCCCGUCAUACUCUGCGGGGAUCUGAACGGCACGAAGCAGGGCAACGUGUACAAGCUGCUCAGAGCGCAUGGCUUUGUCUCCACGUUUGACUCCGUGCACCAUCACAGCGACGACGACGAGCAGUGGGUGAGUCACCGCAACCACCACGGCAACCUAUGCGGGGUGGACUAUGUGUGGGUGCUUAACCCAGAGCAGCACCACCGAACGAUUGCAGUCAACUGGCGGACGGCGGUUUUUGGCCUUAUUCGUUCCAAGCUAGCUUCGGCCGGCAUCACCAACGUGGAAACUGCUUUUGAGUUUUUCCUGCGGGCGGGGGAAGGGCGGGCGGGAGGGGAACAAGCGGCUGCUGCUUUCAGCAUGGGUGAUUUCCAGAGGGGUCUGGACCGACUGGGGUUGACUGGCGUUGACUCCAUCGGACUGACGCGCAUUGAGGUGGAGGAGCUGAUGAGGUCCGCUGACUGCCAGGGAAGGGGCUGCGUUGACUUUCAAGACUUCAAGGCUCUCUUCGACCAGCCCACGUGGGAUGACACCGUGGCAGCUCUCAGACAGUCUCUUGCCACGUCAUGCUCUGCUGACUCACUUCCACCACCUGCUGACUCAACCGCUGUGGGUGCUGCUGACGUUCACAGAACCACCUCUGACAUCAGCAGUGCCUCGAGUGACAUCAGCAUUGCAUCAGCUGACAUCAGCAGCAGCCCUGCCUCUGGUUCUCUCCAGUUCCACCCCUCCCCACAACCAUCACAGCCCUCUUCCCCAUCGUCCCAUUUCACCCCAUUCCCAUCAUCAUCACCCUUGUGUGCAUCUCCCGUCUCGCUCCUCUCCCCUUCUCCCUUCCUUAACUCGCUCCCUCACUCUCGUACUCAUUCUCUCCCGGUUAUGACUUGCUCCUCCUCCUCCCCUCCUACCUUCUCCUCUCCUCCCACCUCCUCCUCCUUCUCCUCCUCUCCUCCGACCUCCUCUCCGCCACCCAUUCACUCCCACCACUUAUUCCGAUCUGCCAAACCUUCCAUGCAGUUUCCUCAUCUGCACCUCUUCAGCCAUCUCCCUCUCUUCAGGUCCGGCAUUGCCGAUCCUAUCACAGCUUCGGCAGAUCCUCUUGCCUUUUCACAUGCAGUCGCUGCCUCGGCAAGAAGACAGUCGUUCCAGCAACAGCAGCAGCAGCCACAGCAACAGCAGUACCAGCAGCAUCACCAGAGCCAGCAGCAGCAGCAGCAGCAGCAGCAGCAGCAGCAGCAGCAACAGGAGAGGCAAAUAGAGGCAGAGUGUAAGCGGUUGCGGAAGAAAAUGGGCCUAUCCGGGUGUACAGCACUCCGAGGUGACUGUCAAGGAUGUUCUUUUAGCAAGGCAGUUGCUCUUCAAACUCACACAAAGGGGGAAGGAGGGGCGACAGAGAGAAGAGUGAGAGGGACGACCGAGGGGAUGGUGAAGGAACAGCUGGGUAGUGGAACUAUGCCAGGGAGCAGUGGAAAGGAGGGAGGGAGCGUGCAGCUGCAAGGUGCAUUGAAUCUGGACGUGCUGCAAGCAACCCUGUUCCCAAGGGCCAUGGAGGAGGGCGUGUGGCCGGAGGACUACACCAUUUCUGACCAUGCUGUUCUCACGCGCCACCGACGGGUCGUCGCGACAGACGACGCGGAUGGCGGCGCGAAGGCGAGUCCAUCGAAUAGCCUGGGCGUCAAGUACGGCAGCGGCUAUAACUCCGCCGCCCCAUACGCCGCCGCUGGCGUGACGGCGAUUACCAUUCCGCCUGACGUCGGCGCUCCGCAACUGGCGCUGAGAUCCCCGCACGCUGGCGCAAAGUUUUGGCGCAAGGUGCUGCGGUCGCCGGGCUUUAAGGACAUGGCGCGGAAGAAAGCGGCGCAGCAGCGGAGCAUGUCGUUCCAAAAGUUCGACCUGCUACAGUUAACUCGCGCUACAAGGAACUUCAGUAAGCAAAACUUUAUCGCAAAAGGAGGCACGUCCGAGGUUUACCGAGGCGUGGGGACGAACGGAGCGCAGUGGGCGGUGAAGAGAUCCGUUUGGCGGCAAGGGGGCGGGGAUACCGGCGCCAUGCUGACGUUUCGCCCGGCAAACCCGGCGGCUUAUGCGGAGCUAGAAGCGGAUUUCAUUUUCGGCGCGAAGUCUAUGGCGGUACUGUGUCACCAGAAUGUGAUUCAACUGCUGGGUUACUGUUUCGAGUGCGGCGAAAGGGUGCUUAUAUACGAGUUCGUGGGCGGGCCGAGUUUGGAGUCGAUGAUUUUCGGGAAUACCGACGUGUGGAAGGAGAAGAUUACGAUGUGGCGAAGAAGUUCGCGAAACGCUCGCGCGCUCAAGGACCUCGGGGUCGUCGCGGAGGGCGAGGAGGAUGGAAUACCGUUCGAUUUCAUGCACCGGCUGCUGAUCGCCGUUGAUAUUGCCGAGGCGGUCGCGUACCUGCACACGGAGUUCCCUAGGCCGUAUUUACUUGAGGGGUUGCAUCCGAAAAACAUUAUUUUCGACACGAACGGCGUUCCCAAGGUGGGCAACAUCGGGCGGAUGAAAGUUUUGAUGACCCGAGACAUCACUGGCGGCUUGAGCAUGCUGGGCGGGUUACCACACGCGCCGACGUUCGCAAUCAGUGGUUACAUCGACCCAAGUUUUAACCUCACGAUGGAAUCCUCGCCGCCCAAUGACGUGUACGCUUUUGGCGUUAUCCUCCUCCAGAUAUUCACCGGCCGCCCAGCCGUGAUUGAGAACGAGCCUGGAGAAACUACCGCGAAGCUGGACCUAGGCACUUGGGUCUCGAAGCGCCUUAGGUCGGGAGGAGACGCCGGCAUAGGGAGUAUAGUGGAUCCGCGGCUCGGCACUGCCUACCCUGCUGACGUCAUUCGGAGAUUGUUACAGGUUGGGUUGGACUGUCAACUGUUCCCCGCUAAGAAGCGCCCCGGUAUAAGAAAGGUUGCAGAGCGUCUAUUGGCUAUUCAUGAGGAGUUGGUUAAGGAGGGUGGGGUGGUCGUGGUGGAUAUUCCCGAACCUGAGCCCGAGGCUGGGGACUUCGUGGUUGGGGAGGAGGAGGGGGGCAAGGUGAGUGGAGGAGGAGAGAAGAUGGGGGAGGGGGUGGCGGAGGCCAGUGGGGAGGUGAUGGGGGAGGGGGUGGUGGAAGUUAGUAGGGAGGAGAUGGGGAAGGGGGCGACGGAGGUUAGUGGGGACGCGAUGGGGGAGGGGGCGACGGAGGUUAGUGGGGACGCGAUGGGGGAGGGGGCGACGGAGGUCAGUAGGGAGGAGAUGGGAGAAGCUACUGGGAAGGCGGAGAGAGAAGGGGGGAGUGAGCAAGAGAGUGAGGAGGGGAUGAGAAAGGAAGACGCAGGGGAGAGGGGCAGUGUGGGAGAUGUGGGUGUGGAGGGGGAUAGCAGCGAGGAAGGGAGGGGGGUUGAGAAAGCUGAAGAUCAGAAGAAGGGGAAGAAGGGGAAGAAGGAAAAGAAGGAGAAGAAGGAUAAGAAGGAGAAGAAACGGAAGGAGGAGGAGCAAGCAGACAGGGAGCAAGUGGAGGUUGGGGCGGACAGCAACGUGUAG